AGUGUAGCUAACCCAAUACAAGAAGAAACCAAUGGCUUCCAUGUGAAUCCCACAACUUUUCUAGAUUCUCAGCUUCUGGGUAUCUCUAAUCUCUCCUUCUCCUUCACGGGCUCUCCCAAAGUUUCAUCCUUUAUCUUUGGUUUCUUGUGAUAAAGCUUUCCUCUUUGUGUCCCUACAAUGAUAAGAUUCUACUGUUGACAUUGAUUGGUUCAUUUAUUAGCCAAAAGGAUCUUGAUUUUGCAUCUGUAUCUGUCUUAUCUAUUAGUAAAGUGAUCAUCUUUGGUGUUUAUUACAUUGUGCAGCUUUGUGUUUUAAAGAAUCUUUCAAAACGAUGUCGCUUUUGUCGAAGCUACGGUGUAUCACAGUAGAUGUAACUGGUACACUCAUAGCUUACAAAGGAGAGCUUGGUGAUUACUAUUGUAUGGCUGCUAAAGCCGUUGGUUUACCUUGUCCUGACUAUACACGAGUUCAUGAAGGUUUCAAAAUUGCUUACACAGACAUGGCACAAAAGUAUCCUUGUUUCGGUUUCUCCAAAAUGCCAAAUAUUGCUUGGUGGAAAACCUGUGUGAGAGAUUCCUUUGUCAAGGCAGGGUAUGACUAUGAUGAGGAAACGUUUGAGAAAGUGUUUAGAAGAAUCUACUCAACGUUUGGCUCUGCUGCACCUUACUCUGUGUUUCAAGAUUCUAGACCAUUCUUGAGAUGGGCACGUGAGAAAGGGCUUAUAGUUGGACUUGUUAGCAACGCUGAGUAUCGAUAUCAAGAAGUUAUUUUACCUGCCUUAGGUUUGAACAAGGGAGAGUGGGAUUUUGGUGUGUUCUCUGGUAUGGAAGGGAUAGAGGAACCAGAUCCGAGGAUAUACAAGCUGGCGUUAGAGAGAGCUGGGAACAACAUUGCGCCUGAAGAGGUUCUGCAUAUUGGAGAUAGUAUGCGUAAAGAUUAUGUACCGGCAAAGAGUAUUGGGAUGCAUGCUUUGUUGCUUGAUAGGUUUAAGACAGAAGCUGCUAAAGACUGGAGAGAAGCUGGAGCUGUUGUGCUUCCUGAUUUAGUUGCUGUUCAACAGCUUUUGGAGUCUGAUAAGUUGAAAUGUUAAUGAAAGAUAGAGACCUCUCUCUUUCUAAAGUAAGGAGUCUAAUGUAUUGUAGUAUUAUUGCACAUUUUGUCUCUUUCUUCUUCAUCUUCUAAUGAGUAAAAAAGAGUUUCAAAGCUCAUGAUCAAUUCAAACCAAAUCACGAUUUCAACAAGGUGAAUCACAGAACAGCUGCUUCAGUUAUGGAAGGGAUCUUGCUUAGGACAGAGAUGGAAUCACCAACUUUGAUUGUCUUGUUGCCUUUGCCUUGGCGGUUAUAUAUGUUCCAGUUCCAAACCAUGUCCUUACCAAAGAAAACCUGUCAUAAACCGAAACCAAUAUAUCAUGUCGGUUCCAACAAAGACAAGAAGAGCUUGAAAUAAAUCUAACCUUGCUCUGAGAUUUCUUGUCUGGCAUUAAGAGUGUGUCUGCUCUGAAUUUCUUAAGAGUUUGGAUUGGUUCAGCCGAGGAAACCCCGGUUUCUUGAUCCACAGUUGUUGUCUGAAAAGAAGAAAACAGUUAAAAAAAACAUUCUUCAAAAUUUUUUUUUACUAGGGUCACAUUCAUAUUCACCUUGCAGCGGUAACAUAGCCUAACUCCUUUGAAGACUAGGUCGUUUAUCUUGAUCUCAUCCCAAAGAUCUUCAUCGUAAGGAUUACCAUUCUCCACAACAAUGCUAAUAAAAGAACCAAGAAAAUCAAGAUUAUGAAGAUAUUUAGGACUCAGGAGAAAGAUAGUUUUAUUACUUGGCUCUAAAACGGUUCAUAGGCACUGGUUCUGGCAGAAGUGUAUUCAGAUGGUCCAAAGACGCCUAAAAACAAAAAAAAAGUAAAAUGUCAAAUGCAUAUUCUAAAAAAAGAUUUAUGGGUAUUGUAAUUAUCGAUAUUGGCUCACCUGAGAUGCAACCAGAAAGGGAAACUUAUUUGAAAAUGUUGUAGAGUAACCUACUGCAUACGCAGGAGGUGUAGCUCUACAUUCGGUUUCUGUAUCCAAAAUAAGAAAAUCAAUGCA